UAAUCUUCAUGAUUUAAAAGUAAAUAAUACUCUUCACAAAUUAAUGUGGGCUUGGGCCAAUUAAAUUUAAUUAAACCCAAACAGGCCUCAAUUUAAUAAAUAAUUUGGGUUUGAACUUUCCAAUUUUUUUUCUUGAUUUUUAUUUUCCUGAAAAUCGAUGAUGAUUUGAAUCCAUCUUCGCACAAAUUUCAGCGCUGCUCUAAUUCUUGCUGAUAUUGAUCGGAGAAUAAUUCGCACAAAUUACAGUGCUGGAGAUCUAGUCAAUUAAUGGGUCCAGUCUGCUAAUUCUAGAGAGAGAGAGAGAGAGAGAUUAAGGAGGAAGUUAGAAACGAUGUCUCAGAUUCCCAAUUUAGAGAACGCGCCGAUCAAUCUCACUGCUAUCCGAACACGAGCUCAGAAGGAGCUGGAAACUAUCCUUAAAAAUGUUCGAGGAGAAAAGUGUUUGGUUAUUGAUCCAAAGCUUAGUGGAUCGCUCUCACUUCUUCUCCAAAGCUCAGAACUCAAGAAACAUGGUGCUGAACUGCGACACCUAACGGCUGAGCCAAUUCAAACCGAACGCACCAAAGUGGUCUACCUCGUGCGAGCUCAGCUUGACUUGAUGAAAUUUAUUAGCUCGCACAUUCAAAACGAUACUUCAAAAGGGCUUCAGAAAGAAUACUAUCUUUACUUUGUUCCACGCCGAGUUGUUGCAUGUGAGAAGAUACUUGAGGAGGAAAAAGUACAUGAGCUGUUGACCAUUGGCGAGUUUCCCUUAUACAUGAUUCCAUUGGAUGAGGAUGUAUUUUCAUUUGAACUCGACCUUUCUCAGAAAGAAUAUUUAGUGGAUGGAGAUGCAACCUCACUCUGGCAUAUUGCAAAAACCAUUCACAAUAUGGAGUUUUCUUUUGGAGCAAUACCAAAUGUUAGGGCCAAAGGGAAAGGAGCUACGCGUGUUGCUGAUAUUUUGAAUCGCAUGCAAGCUGAAGAACCUGUUAAUACUUCAGAUGUGGGCGUUCCAGAAAUAAAUACUCUUAUACUUCUAGAUAGAGAGGUGGACAUGGUCACUCCGAUGUGUACUCAGUUGACAUACGAGGGAUUGCUAGACGAGCUUCUUGGUAUCAGUAAUGGCGCUGUGGAGCUUGAUGCAUCCAUUAUGGGAGCUCAGCAAGAAGGCAAGAAGAUGAAGGUUCCCCUCAAUUCUAGUGACAAAUUAUUCAAGGAGAUACGGGAUAUGAAUUUUGAAGUUGUUGUUCAGGUUCUUCGUCAAAAAGCGACUUCCAUGAAGCAAGACUACACUGAUAUUUCGACUACUACUCAAAGUGUCUCUGAGUUGAAGGACUUUGUGAAGAAGCUUAACUCAUUGCCAGAAAUGACUAGGCACAUAAAUCUUGCUCAGCAUUUGUCAACAUUUACAUCAAAACCUUCGUUUCUUGGGAAACUUGAUAUGGAACAAACACUCGUUGAGGCUCAGAGCUAUGAUAUAUGCUUUGACUUCAUUGAAGAAAUGAUUCAUAAGCAGGAGCCUCUUGUAAAUGUCCUACGCCUUCUAAUCUUAUUUUCAAUAACAAACUCGGGACUGCCAAAAAAGAAUUUUGACUAUUUGAGGAGAGAGCUUCUUCAUAGCUACGGUUUCGAGCAUAUUGGUACGCUGAAUAACUUGGAAAAGGCGGGGCUGGUUAGGAAACAGGAUUCAAAAAGCAAUUGGCUGACUAUAAAACGUACUUUGCAGCUUGUGGUAGAAGACACUGACACAACUAAUCCAAAUGAUAUUUCCUAUGUCUUCUCCGGAUAUGCACCUCUCAGCAUUCGACUCGUACAGCAUGCAAUAAGAUCGGGAUGGCGGGGCCUUGAAGAAAUACUGAGGCUACUACCUGGGCCACACUCCGAAUCCAAGAAAGGUGGAUUUUCAAGCAUCCCGUCGUACGAUACGUUGCCAGGAUCUCUGAACAGUUUGGACAAAUUAGCAGCAGAUGGAAGGCGUGAUUUAGUCCUUGUGGUUUUCAUUGGUGGAGUAACUUUUGCUGAGAUAUCCGCACUUCGUUUCCUCAGUUCUCAGGAGGGAAUGGCGUAUGACAUAAUUGUAGGAACAACAAAUAUUAUCAACGGCCAUAGCUUAACCGAAACCUUUGUGGAAAAGUCUCUUUAACUAUUAACGAUUAUCGAUUUUGACUCGGUAAUAGAUAAUUUCUGUGUGUGUGUGUGUGUGUGUGUGUGUGUGUGUGUGUGUGUGUGUGUGUGUGUGUGUGUGUGUGUGUGUGUGUGUUCUCAGAAUCUUCAUUAAUCCUUAAUAUUCAGCAACGAGUUGUGAAUUAUGAAUUAUGAUGUCUUUGUUUCAAUUCUAAUUAAGUUUUCAGUUUUUUAUUG